CUUUUAGGCUGCAUUUUUUUUUAGGCUGAUAAAAUGAUUUGGUCUAUAUACUGCUACAUCUCGCGGGACUCUCGAAUGUUACCUGUAUCUAUAGGCGGCUGUUUGGCUAGUAUGGUGUUAAUUGGGCCCGUUAAUAGUAAGCGCAAGAAGUAUUAUGGAGUGAAAGGACGCUAUAUUAUGGUAAAAAGACGCAUCAAGUGGAAUUUAGUAGCUACUAGAAGUGGUAUAAAUACGCAACAUGCGGAAGAAACCCGCAACACUAGGUGGUGGUAUAAUUUUGGAGUUUUACCACAUCCGGUGGUAAAUGAACCACAAUUCCGCAACAUUCGGUGGUAUAAAAUGGACGUUUUUACCACCAAAUGUUGCGGGUUUUUACCACAUGUUGCGGGUUUUUACCACCCAGUCCGCCACUGUGUUUACAGCCGUAGUCUUAGAUAUAUAUACAACUCUCUUUUGCCAGUGACAUUUUCCCGUUUUACUAGGGCUAUAAAUUCCUUUGUUUAA